UAAAUCCCGCGCAGCUUUUGUACAACAAUUUAAAGAAAUCACGAAUACGCUUGCCACUUGAAGAACGUUGACAGCUCUGUCCGUGUUAUUGAAUGCAACGUUGCGUGUUUCAUUUCCAUUUGAGCAUUGACGAUAUAUUUCAUAACAUCGAUAAAUCAAUUGCCUUUUAACAUCACUCUUUUCUAUCUCUUCCAGCCCUCGCAAGGGAAACGUGCUCGUUGUUCGUUUGUUCUGACGAAAUUUUCGCUUCGAAAAGCGGUGCAGUGUGCAGCUGUUGUUAAUUGAUAAUUUUGUGCAAGUGUGACAGAUUACAACAAUUUAAAAAUCCAAAAUGCUGCGCGUUCCCAAAUUCUUACCGCGUCUUGCACGCCAGGCCAGUUAUGCAGUGCCAUCGAAUGUGCCCGCUGCUUCUAGCAUAUUCCGCAGCCUGCCUGCAGCCUGCAAUGGAUUGUCUGGUCUGCGCUACAAAUCUGGCGAGGUUAAGGGUGCUGUCAUCGGUAUCGAUUUGGGUACUACCAACUCCUGCGUGGCCGUCAUGGAGGGCAAGCAGGCUAAGGUGAUUGAGAAUGCGGAGGGUGCACGCACAACACCUUCUCAUGUGGCAUUCACCAAGGAUGGCGAACGUUUGGUUGGCAUGCCGGCAAAGCGUCAGGCUGUCACCAAUUCGGCCAACACUUUCUAUGCCACAAAGCGUUUGAUUGGUCGCCGCUUCGAUGAUCCCGAGGUGAAGAAAGAUAUCACAAACCUGUCAUACAAAGUGGUGAAGGCGUCUAACGGUGAUGCUUGGGUUUCGGCCACAGAUGGCAAAGUCUACUCGCCAUCGCAGAUCGGUGCCUUUGUGCUCAUCAAAAUGAAGGAGACCGCUGAGGCUUACUUGAACACGCCCGUCAAGAAUGCUGUGGUUACUGUGCCCGCUUACUUCAACGAUUCGCAGCGUCAGGCUACCAAGGAUGCUGGUCAAAUUGCUGGCCUGAAUGUGUUGCGUGUGAUCAACGAGCCCACAGCCGCUGCUCUGGCCUACGGCAUGGACAAGACUGAGGAUAAAAUCAUUGCUGUCUACGAUUUGGGUGGUGGUACUUUUGAUAUUUCCAUUCUGGAGAUCCAGAAGGGCGUGUUCGAGGUAAAGUCCACCAAUGGUGACACUUUGCUGGGCGGUGAGGAUUUCGACAAUGCUAUUGUCAACUUCUUGGUGGCUGAAUUCAAGAAGGACAGCGGCAUUGAUAUCCGCAAGGAUAACAUUGCCAUGCAGCGUCUCAAGGAGGCCGCUGAGAAAGCCAAGUGCGAGCUGUCUUCCUCUCAACAGACCGACAUCAAUCUGCCUUAUCUGACCAUGGAUGCCGCUGGUCCUCAGCACAUGAAUCUGAAGAUGACACGCUCCAAGCUGGAAAGCCUUGUGGGUGACCUCAUCAAGCGCACAAUUCAGCCCUGCCAGAAGGCUCUGUCUGAUGCCGAGGUGUCCAAGUCUGAGAUCGGAGAGGUCCUGCUGGUCGGUGGCAUGACUCGUAUGCCCAAGGUGCAGUCCACAGUGCAAGAUCUGUUCGGUCGCCAACCAUCGCGUUCGGUUAAUCCCGAUGAGGCUGUGGCUGUCGGUGCUGCCGUGCAGGGUGGUGUGCUGGCUGGUGAUGUCACUGAUGUGCUUCUGCUCGAUGUCACUCCUCUGUCGCUGGGUAUUGAGACUUUGGGUGGCGUGUUCACCCGUUUGAUUUCCCGCAACACCACAAUUCCCACCAAGAAGUCGCAGGUCUUCUCAACUGCUAGCGAUGGCCAGACCCAGGUGGAGAUUAAGGUGCACCAGGGCGAGCGUGAGAUGGCUAACGAUAACAAAAUGCUGGGCUCCUUCACAUUGGUCGGAAUUCCACCAGCACCUCGCGGUGUUCCCCAAAUCGAGGUUGUCUUCGACAUUGAUGCCAACGGUAUUGUGCACGUGUCGGCCAAGGAUAAGGGCACUGGCAAGGAGCAACAGAUUGUGAUUCAGUCCAGCGGUGGUCUGAGCAAGGAUGAAAUCGAAAACAUGAUCAAGAAGGCCGAGGAAUACGCCAGUGCUGACAAGAAGAAGCGUGAACUGAUUGAGAUUGUUAACCAGGGCGAGAGCAUUGUGCACGACACUGAAACCAAAAUGGAGGAAUUCAAGAGCCAGCUGCCCGCCGAAGAGUGCGAGAAACUGAAAACCGAAAUUGCUGAUCUGCGCACUCUGCUGGCCAACAAGGAGACAGCUGAUCCAGAGGAGGUCAGGAAAGCCACUUCUGCGCUGCAGCAGGCUUCAUUGAAGCUCUUCGAGAUGGCCUACAAGAAGAUGUCUGCUGAACGUGAAAGCUCUGGCGCUAGCUCAAGCAGCAGCAGUUCAGGCGAAGCUUCUGGCGAGACCAAGAAGGAGGAGAAGAACUAAAUUAGGCAACCAUAGACGUAGUUGUUGUUUCCCUUAAUUCAUAAUAAUCACAUUUGGAUUUCGAUUAAGUUUUACGUUAAACAUAAAGCACACACAUCAUAUUCCUGAUUCUUCAAAAUCAUAAAUAAUGCCCCCUACAAACUAAUCACACAUAAGAAAAACAAAAAAAGCAUUUACCCAAAUUGUGUAGUAAUAUGCGAGGACGAAAAGCGGAAAGGACCUUCAAGAUGCCAGAAACCAACGAUCCAGUUGCCAGUUGCAUUAAGUUUUUAUUGUUUAUAAUGUAACUGCAGAUCUGGAUUGCAAAGUCCUAUGUGAAAUAUUUUAUUUUUAUUUUUUGGUAAAGUUCUGUUGUGCUUGCUGUAAGAUUUCCCCUAUUUUUACCUUACAUAUUAUUUUAAACUAGCUGUAGUUGUACAAUAACGAGCACAGCAGCAGCUCAACUCGAACCAAACCCAAACACAGGACCGGGAUCGGUUGGCAGAUUGAAAGUCAUAAUUUAAGCAAAAUUGUACUUUGGUUUCCAGUGGAUAACCAAUAGAUUGACUGGGUAAAACGCAAUUUCAAGGUCGAUAUAAAUAAUACUAUGUAAACUUAAAAUAUACGUGAACAAAACUAUUAUUUACAAACUGAACAAA